UUUCGAGUCAGGAGUUGGUGAGGACAAUUGGAAAGGGGUUGCUUUCAUUUGCCGCUGCCGUUGCUGCAAAUUAUGCUGUUGUUUGUUGUAACUAUCCGGCGAUGGCGGAGUCUCUGACGGUGGCUUUUCCGGCGUCACGCACUACUGAGGUGAAUUCGGUUCAAACAACUCUUGUGGAGACUUGGGGUUUGAUUAGGGAAACAUUCGUAGACCCGACAUUUAAUCAUCAAGAUUGGGAUCAAAAGUUGCAGCAAACAAUGACGGAAAUGUUUCCCCUUAGGUCUGCUGAUGCAGCAUAUAUGAAAAUCAGUGGAAUGCUAUCUACUCUUGGUGAUCCCUUUACACGGAUCAUCAGUCCCAAGGAAUAUCAAAGUUUUCGGAUUGGAAGCAAUGGAAAUCUACAAGGAGUUGGCCUUUUCAUAAAUAGGGAACCCAGAACAGGCCAUUUGGUUGUUUUGUCUUGUGUAGAGGGUGGCCCAGCUGCUCGUGCUGGUAUACAUCAAGGAGAUGAGUUGGUUGAAAUUAAUGGAGAGAAGAUGGAUGGUAUUGAGACUGAAGUAGCCGUGCAGAAACUUAGAGGUCGAGUUGGAACAACUGUUACAGUAAAAGUUCAUAGAGGAAAUGAUAUCAGAGGCGAUUCUGGAAUAAAAGAGGUAAAACUACCUCGUGAGUACAUUAAGCUUUCCCCGAUUUCAACUGCUACCAUCCCUCAUAAAACCCCAGAUGGACGUCUAACCAAAACAGGUUAUGUGAAAUUGUCAGCAUUUUCUCAGACCGCUGCAGCUGAUAUGGAAAAUGCUAUUAACGAAAUGAAGAGGCAGGGUGUACACUCAUACAUACUGGAUUUACGAAACAAUCCGGGAGGACUGGUAAAAGCAGGACUUGACGUUGCCCAAAUUUGGCUAGAUGGGGAUGAAACCCUAGUGAAUACUAUCGAUCGAGAAGGGAACUUGUUACCUAUAAACAUGGUCAAUGGGCAUGCUAUAACGCAUGAUCCACUUGUUGUGCUUGUUAACGAGGGCAGCGCGAGUGCAAGUGAGAUUCUGGCAGGGGCACUACAUGAUAAUCGUCGAGCCACUCUUGUGGGGCACAGAACCUUCGGAAAAGGAAAAAUCCAGAGUGUCACAGAGUUGCAUGAUGGAUCAGCUUUAUUUGUCACGGUGGCCAAAUACUUAUCUCCGGCGCUUCAUGACAUAGACCAGGUUGGCAUUGCACCUGAUGUUCAAUGCACAACUGAAAUGCUCAAUUCUCCCAAUUCAGUCUCAUCAUCUCUAGAAGCAGAUUCAUGUGUCUUGGUAGCAGAACACGAAUUGGACAUUCAGGAAUCCAAAGGCACUGCUUCUUGAAGACAGGAUCAUGCAGUAAUUUAAAUCUGUACACUACUAGAAUUAUGCUUAUAGGACACCAUUUUUUGCACACCAUUUGCAAUUGGUGGCCGUAGAUAUAAAGCACUCACUCUUACUAUUUUUUGGUGUCUUUACAGUGGGAUGCCACUGAUAUGGGUGGCCUUCAACAUUAUGACACCAAUGAUUGGUGGCUGUUAAAUAGCUUUAUUUCUUAAAAAAUAAUUUCUUGUGCAUUUGUGAU